UAUUUGCUGGGCAGGAAGACGCAUCAAUGGUUAAAGCUCUGGCUGGUGGUGCACCUACCAGUCACAAGGAGGCUGUCUGGCCUGGAACACAGUGUCCCCUCCAGAAAUUAAAUGCUGCCCUAACCCGCAGGGCUGCAGGCGGAGGCUGACUGGAACCCGUCCAUUGAGUGAUGCCGCCAUCUAGUGGUCGUAUGGGGAGCGGUGCUGGGCAGAGCCCUUUCAUUUGGUGUAGGGGAGAGAGCCUCAGAACUGCAGUUUCUUUAGCAACUAUGGGUAGGACUCGGAAUGAAGGACGAAUAAAGGGAACACAGCAAAGAGGAGGGAAAACACCUCAGCACUGUUUGGGGAAGUAAAGAGCACAAGUGAUGCUAGUGCUCACCUAGAACAACCUUCCGGGAAUCAGAGGACAAUCCCCUCCCCCACUUUAACACAUCUAAACUUUUUUUCUUCCCCCUCGUAUGAGUCUCACUUUUCAACACUCUGUGUUGACCCGCUGUCCUGAAUAGACCCUGUUUCACCUUCUCAUAUCCCUUCUUCUAUGUUAGGAAUUCAGGGCUGGGAAAAUUGAGUCGAGUCAUCCCAUCUGGCUGCUACCCCGGAACUGCAUAUCUCCGCGUCGCCCAGGACCUGUGCUCCGGCCACACCCACCGCACUCAUCACGUGACCGCCGCAGUUCCAUGGACCAAACACAGAGAAGAAUGUUGGGCCAGCCCCUUUCCAUCCCCACUGCCCAGCCUAAGAAGAAAUCAAUGAUGUCUUUCUUUUCCAAGGUCUCUUGGAAACUGAAGCUCCAGAAGCGGGAGCCUCUGAAGAAUGGUGUUUUGGUCUUGGCAGAGAGAGCCCGGGACCCCAGUGUUAAAAAGCGUCAUAUGGCCAUGAGAGGCCUGGGAGCCCUGGCCUGUGAAACCCCGGACAAGGUGAGAAAGUACAAGAAGAUUGUCCUAGACCUGCUGGUGCAUGGACUGUACGACCCUGUGAGUUCUGACGUCGUCCAUGAGAGCUUGAAGACCCUGACCAUCAUCCUGGGCAAGAUCCAGGGGAAAGGCUUGGGGCCCUUCUUCAUAGACGUCACCCUUCAGACCAGGACUUUGCUAGAUGAUGAAAAUGACAGCCUGAGGUACUCAGCCUUUGUCUUGUUUGGGCAACUGGCGGCCUUUGCUGGGAGGAAGUGGAAGAGAUUUUUCACCCGUCAGGUGCAGCAGACUCAAGAUUCCCUCCUGACCCACUUACAGGAUCGGAAUCCCCAGGUUGCCAAGGCUUGCAAAACAACUUUUCAAGCCUGUUCUCCGUAUCUGAGACCAAGGAAGGAAUACAGCUUCUGGAGCGAAGAGGAUCAAGUGAACCCUAAACUCUGCUGGCAGCUGAUCCACUGUCAUCCAGAGCUCCUGCAGUUCUUCUAUGCAAAUAAAAUUCUCUAAACACAGGGUUGCUGGGAGAUGGCUCUGUGUGCGCCCAUUUGGGGAGGGGGACUGAUACCCCCCUCUUUUAACUCUUCAGAUGCUUCCGUUUGCCUCUUGUGAUUGUGAUGGAAAAGGGUUGUUGGGAGAGCAAUUGAUAGCAAAGAUAACACUGUGGAGUUAAUAUAAUCUUAUCCAAAGUAAAUUCUAAAUAGCUUUUCUGUGUCUUGUUUUCUUCCCAUGCAAAUUUAAUGGAAAGGUACACCCUGUCUUUAAAACAUUUAAAGUACAUGUUUUUAAAGUGCUGAUUUGUCAGCUUUAUUCUCCUUGAGUUUUUAUCUGUCACCUAUUUUAAAUUUUAUUUUUAAUUUCUAAGGCUUAGGAGAAUAACUGUUUUCUAAAGCUUUUUUUUUGUUUGUUUUGUUUAAAUCUGCCAUUGGUAUUUUGCUAUUUGCUAUCAAUACCUUUUCUUGGCAAGACCUAUUUAAAGUUGGCCAGGGAACUGAGAAGGUGGUGUGGAGGGGGAUCUUUAGCUUCUCAUUGUCUUCAGCAGUCAUUGCCUCCAAGAUUAUUCCAAACAAGAAUUAACAAAGAGAAAGAAAUUGAUGAAACGUUUUGGAAAACCUCAAGCUGAUGGUAAUGUCUGGAGUAAUAAUAAUGAGUGACAUAUAUUGAGCAUGUUUGUAAUUUACUGAGCGCUCUCUAAGCACUUUGCAAGUAUUAUUUAAUAUUCAUAACAAUGCUAGGAGAAUGAUACUAUUACUAUCCUCAUUUUGUAGACGAGAAAACUAAGGCAUAGGGAAAUUGAGUAACUUGCCCAAGAUGACCCAGUAAUUGAGGUAGCCAGAAUUCAAACCCUGACUUUUGGAGCCUACAGUCAAUCAUGGUGUGAUACUGCCUUGUUUUGGAAUAAUUAACCAAUGGUUAGAAAUGUAAAAAUAAAUUAAAAAAACCUGCCACCUCUCUUUUUGACUCAGUUGACUUUUGCUUUUAUAUGUACUAAGUGCAUGUUUUUAUUUCCUUUAUGAGCUAAGCAUAAAUUUUUAUUAAUCAAGAUUACAUCAAAUUUUUGGUGAUCAUUCCUAGUUAAAGUGGGGUCAUACUACUCUUAUAAAAAGUUUCAAGAAAAAUCUCAUACAUAGUCCUUCUAACCAGAUUGCUUCCCAGACUUCUCCUAGAAAUUCUAAUACUACUACUGUACUUGGCAUUGGGGUCAUAUCUAGACUGUGUCCAGUAUUGAAAAGGAAAACACAAGAGGGUCAUAAAUGCUUCAGAAGGAUUUUAGUGUCAGUGUGAGAACUAGGAAUUCAGUUUUUCACCCUGGCUCUCCAGAGACAGGACCAUGUGACACAGAUAGGGUGUGAGCUGUGGCCUAGGAGAGAUAGGAUGUGGGAGGUGGCAGACGGGACAGCUGGAGCCAGGCAUGAAUGUGGUUUCUUCCUGUUUUGAAAUUUGGGUACUUGAUGGCAGAAGCUCUUGGGAGUGACACAAGCUCAGGUGCAGGUGGGAUGGUUCUGAGCUAAUAGCCUUCUUCCUUUCCACAGGUUGGCCUGUUUGAAACUAUGUUGCAAGACAGGUACAGAAUCUGAUGCAGUUCUGUUGAGAGAUCAGUGAUAGGCAUGAGAAAUGACUGCAUUCCACUAGCUUUUAGAAAGGUGGUGGUAUAGAGUGGGGCAGGCAGGUUAAAUGCUCUAGAGUACAAACAUUGGUGCACUUAGUGCUCCUUGGUUGAUUACAAUUGUGGAAGACGCUGUUUAUCUGACUUUGAGACUCUGAGACUGUUGACUUUAAGACGGUUGCUUUGGCAGCCCCCCAUGAAUCAUGGUCUUGUGUAAACCUCUCCUGCUUUAACCAUUAGCAUGUUCUGGAAGUGCAUGUGCCAGUUCUACGUUAUGCUUUAAGAGCCCUGUCAGCAUUCUCUUUUGUACUCUGGGUGAAGCCAGCUGCCAUGAUGACCAGGAAUGAAGAAGAAUGACUGAAGCUCUGACCAGAAGCUAGAUGACCAGGAAUGAAGAAGAAUGACUGAAGUCUCCAUUUUGGAAGGAAGACCAAGCUUAGCACACGGAGAUAUCGUGUAGAGGAGAACUGAGGAGCCCAACUGUAUGGUCAGGCCACUGAAGAUGGCUGUCCUCUUGCACUCUGUGUGUGCCCUGCUCAACUAGCCCCUGCCUCACUCACAGGACCAUCCAAUCCUCUUAAUUUUAAGGCUCACUUAGCCCCCGGUAGCUGAUGAGCCCUCCUGACCUCAGUUCACCCUAUUAAUAGGAGCCUCCUUCUCCCCUGAGUAGUGAAGGUUGCUGGCCUUUUGGACUGUUGGCCACACACAGGGUGUUGCUCCAGGACUUUUAUGUAUGAUCCUCUGUUCAGUAAACCAUUGCUGUCUCUGU